AUGGGUUCCAAGGCACAUGUAUGCACAGUAUACCUGUUGUUGCUGUUUGCUUUUACCAGCGAAGCUCUGCCCAAUACCUUUGAUGUCACGAAAUAUGGUGCCAAGGCAGGAUCGGAUAUCACUAAGGCUUUAUUGAGUGCGUGGGAAAGAGGGAUGUGCAGCAGCGGGUUCCGGCAAAGUCGUGGUACCAAAAGGAAGUACUUUUUAGGCGUGGUGGAUUUGAUAGCCCUUGCAAGGAACCUACGGUUUGACUUCGUCACCAACAGCAUAGUUGAGGACGUAACUUCCAUCGAUAGCAAGCAGUUCCACGUCAAUGUCCUCGGCAGCAAAAACCUCACCUUCCAGCGGUUUUCAGUGAAAGCCCCGGGACAUAGUCUCAACACCGAUGGAAUUCACAUUGGACGAUCGGAGGGGAUCAACAUAAUUAAUUCAAACAUUGUCACCGGUGAUGAUUGCAUCUCCAUUGGCCAGGGGAGCAAGCAAGUACGAAUCACAAAUGUAAGGUGCGGACACGGGCAUGGCAUUAGUGUUGGAAGCUUAGGAAAGUACGAGAAGGAAGAACCUGUGUCCGGAAUUUAUGUAAAGAAUUGCACAAUAUACGACACUGACAAUGGCGUGAGAAUUAAGACUUGGCCCGCAUUGUAUGGUGGCAUUGCGUCGAAUAUCCAUUUCGAGGACAUCGUCAUGCAGAACGUCAGCAAUCCCAUCAUUAUAGAUCAAAUGUACUGCCCAUGGAACCUAUGCAAUCGGAAGAAGCCAUCAAAAGUUCAAAUCAGCGACGUCAGCUUCAAGAAUAUUCAAGGAUCGUCAAGAACGCCCACGGCCGUUCAAAUUACGUGCAGCAGCAGCGUACCAUGCAAGGACAUUGUGCUUUCUAACGUUAACCUCAAGUACACCGGAUCUAAGGGAUCUGCAAAAUCUAAAACAGUGCGUAUGCACGCGCGAGAAAAGGAAUUGCGGGUGCGGCAACACCGAUCCUUCCGCGUCCAACACGACUAG